AAGGAAAGAGAGAGAGAGAGAAAGAAAGAGAGAGGAGCAAAACUUUGUGUCAUUAUUUUUUGGCUUGCUAUCUCUCCUCCCUCCCCUCAUCCCUUCUUCCACCGUUUUGUCGCCUCAUUUGGACUAUUCUUGUUUUUUUUGUUUUUUUUACUUUUUUUUUUUUUUUUUCUUGGAGGAGAGACGUUCACGGGAAGCAGGACAAAGCUGUCCCACCCAUGCUGCACAGUUUCUCCUUUUCCCCGCGGAGGAGGUGCUCUGACUGUCAGCGGCUGAUUUGAUUGUGUUUUCCUCUCCUUGUGUGCGUCUCGUGGCCAGAGCCCCCCCCACCCCCCCAACCCCCCAGAUGCGCUGAGGGUAUAUGGAAGUUGUGAGCUGCAAGACAGAGGCAGGCAGUUGCACGUUGUGUCCAGGAGCUCCGGGAGCCAUGCUCUUCCACGGGAUCUCCGGGGACCACAUCCAGGGCAUCAUGGAGGAGAUGGAGAGGAGGUCCAAGUCGGAGUCGCGCCUGGCGAAGGGCAUGCAGCUGAACGGGAGAGAGUCGACCAUGCCCUCCAUGAGCCCGGAGAAGCCUGCCUUGUGUGCCGGCUGUGGGGGGAAGAUCUCGGACAGAUAUUACCUCCUGGCCGUGGACAAACAGUGGCACCUGCGGUGCCUCAAGUGCUGUGAAUGUAAACUGGCGCUGGAGUCCGAGCUCACGUGCUUUGCCAAGGAUGGGAGCAUUUACUGCAAGGAGGAUUACUACAGAAGGUUCUCCGUGCAGAGGUGCGCGCGCUGCCACCUCGGGAUUUCGGCCUCGGAGAUGGUGAUGCGAGCGCGCGACUCCGUGUACCACCUGAGCUGCUUCACGUGCACCACGUGCAACAAGACCCUGACCACGGGCGACCACUUCGGCAUGAAGGACAGCCUGGUGUACUGCCGGCUCCACUUCGAGACGCUGCUGCAGGGCCCGGACUAUCACCCGCAGCUCAACUUCGCCGAGCUCGCGGCCAAGGGCGGCGGCCUCGCGCUGCCUUACUUCAACGGGACGGGCACGGCGCAGAAGGGGAGGCCCAGGAAGAGGAAGAGCCCGGCCAUGGGGAUAGAUAUACCCAGCUACAACACAGGCUGCAAUGAGAACGACACGGACCACUUGGACCGGGACCAGCAGUCCUACGCUCCAACACAGAAGACCAAACGCAUGCGGACCUCCUUCAAGCACCAUCAGCUGCGGACAAUGAAAUCCUACUUCGCCAUCAACCACAACCCGGAUGCCAAGGACUUAAAGCAGCUGGCCCAGAAAACGGGCCUCACUAAACGAGUUCUACAGGUUUGGUUCCAAAACGCAAGAGCCAAAUUCAGAAGGAACGUUUUGCGACAGGAGAAUGGAGGUGUUGAUAAGGCUGAUGGCACCUCACUCCCUCCGCCCUCAUCCGACAGUGGGGCCCUGACCCCCCCCUCCAGCGCGGCCACACUAACAGACCUGACAAACCCCUCUAUCACUGUAGUGACCUCCGUCACCUCUAGUUUGGACAGCCAUGAUUCGGGGAGCCCCUCACAAACUACCUUGACAAACCUUUUCUAACAAGCUAUCUCUAUCAGACUGAUUGUUAUUUGAGUUUUUCCUCCUCUUUUUGUUCCUGAUUUUCUUUUCGUUCCUUUUCUCAAUUUACACUUUAUUUUUUUAAAUGACACCUUUAAAAUCAAGCGGCGACAGCUCCUGGGGGGGGAAAAGAAAAGUGCUGUACUUUGAACAAGAGCAACAGGAGCACCGACAGCAGCGACCGCUUUAAAAUACGAGGAACCCAUUCGAAUACGUAGCAUUUGAAGCUGCAUGGCACGUGCAGAGAUCGAUUCUGGAUCCUUGGACAUUUCUCGGAGUUAAAGAGAUUAGAAAAUUGUCUUCACGAAUCGUUUAGAAGGAAAAAAAAUUAACAAAUAUUGCCUGCAAAACAAGAACAUUUGCCUGAUUUGACUUUUUUUUUUUUUUGUACAUUUGUAUUGAAAUAUGUUCAAACAAAGCCCUCCUUAAUUUAUAAUCAUUGGAAAAGAAAUUCAAACAUGUAUAUGUAUGCACUGUGUUCGCACUAUCCAAUUUAAAGAUCCUCGUUUUUGUUCUGCUUUGGAAUAAUUUGGGAAACAAACUCGCAGAAUGUUCUGUUGAAAACAGGCUUUAAUUAUUUCCGAAUGUCUCGGUCUGAGUUUGGUGGAAUCGGACAUUUUCACAGAGCUACAUGGAAAACAAAUCUGACAAAUAAAGACCCAGAGAAGCUGAAACCUUUAGAUUCACAACUCUAACUGUGACGCAGCGAAAGAAGCACCGUUUGAUGAGGAGAAAUCCAGAUCAGAGAGCAGUUCAUGGGCACUGUCGUAAUCAAACGUCUUCACCUCAGAGCACUUUUUAUUUGGACUCGUGGAUAAAAAGAACUAAAACCUGGUAAACGCUUCCACAGAUCAGUCGCACAGUGACAAUUUACUGCCCAGAGAAAAGUGCAUUAUUGUUCCUAUCAUGUUGCUCAGGGUGAAUUUUUUUAAAUAGGGGUAAACGAAAAGAAGUGGUUGAGAAGCUGCAGACAGAGUAGCUACCAAACAGUCCAAUGACCUCAGAUAGGUGGAGUCGGGAGGGGGGAAUCAUCGUCCAUGUCCUGUUUGGCCAUAUUUACACUUUCUUUCCCAACAAUUACCACCGAUCAGACCAAAAUAAAAAAAUAAAAUAAAAAGCAGUUUAAUCUGGCUGACAGAUGGAGAGAAAAGAGAGCGAGCAAAUUAACGGAGUCGAUACAUUUCAUUGUGAGCGUCACAAUUUGUUCUCCUGUGGGACAAAGUGGUUCUCCUGCUCUACUUCAUGAAGUAGACGCCUAUAACUCAGUUCUACCAUGUGCCUUAUGCUAUAACUUGGGAGAAAGUUUGUGAAAUUCAGGAUCUAUGUGUUCUUUGUUAACUGAUUCACAUCCCUUUUGGCGCCUCACUAGUUUUGUACUGUUUUUGCAUCUUAUUUCCGAAGAUCUUUUUAUGGUGUAACCUGUUAAAAAAUAAAAUUAAAUU